AUGAUACAACCUAAUGAAACUAACAUUUCAUACUCUAUGAAAAAGGAACAUCUACCAUUUUCAACUGCAAAUGAAGAUGUAACAGUUAAUACAAAAAUUAAAGCCAGGUCACGUAGAACCUCAUCCAUCGGGAAGAUUAAUUUAGGUGACAAUAAUAUUAAUAGUUUUGGAACAAUGAGUGAAAGUAAAGAAUCAAAAAUUGCUUCUAAGAACAGAUUACAAUAUUUAUCCAACACUUCAAAGAAUGAUAAGGACCUUCUCAAAAAAAUAUGGCUUUCAUAUAGGGAAAUGAAUUAUCGUCAUACAUGGCUGACACCUUUAUUAAUAUUGCUAACAGUUUAUAUUACUUAUUACACUUCAGGGAAUAGAACUGAAACCAAUCCUCUACAUCAAUUUGUCACAAUUUCAUAUAAAAUUGGAGACACUGACAAUUAUGGUAAGGGUAUCAAAGAUUUAUCUUUUAUAUUUUUCCAUAUGAUAUUUUUUACAUUUUUAAGAGAAUUCUUAAUGGAUCUCGUUAUUCGUCCAUUAACAAUUAAUAAAUUAAAAAUUACUGCUAAGCAUAAAGUUAAUAGAAUGAUGGAACAAGUGUAUUCAAUAAUAUAUUAUGGGAUAUCUAGUCCUUUUGGGUUAUACAUAAUGUAUAACUCUGAUCUAUGGCUUUUCAAAACUACAGAAAUGUAUCAAACAUAUCCAGACUUAUACAAUUCUUACUUAAUGAAAAUAUACUAUCUAGGCCAAGCGGCAUUUUGGGCCCAACAAGCUUGUAUUUUAGUUUUACAACUAGAAAAGCCAAGAAAAGAUCAUAACGAAUUGAUAUUUCAUCACAUUGUUACCUUAUUAUUGAUUUGGUCCUCUUAUGUUUUCCAUUUCACUAAAAUUGGAUUAUCUGUUUAUAUUACCAUGGAUGUAUCUGAUUUCUUUUUAGCAUCUUCUAAAACUUUGAAUUAUUUGGAUUCAAAUUUAACGCAAGUAACCUUUAUAAGUUUUGUUUUCUCAUGGGUUUACCUGCGUCACUAUGUCAACCUAAAGAUACUAUGGUCUGUAUUGACAGAAUUCCGUACUGUAGGUCAAUACACUUUAAAUUUUGCAACUCAGCAAUAUAAAUGUUGGAUUUCGUUGCCAAUUGUCUUCAUUUUAAUUUCAGCCCUUCAGUUGGUUAACAUGUAUUGGUUUUUCUUAAUUCUAAGAAUUCUUUAUAGAAUUGUUUGGUUAGGCAUAGUAAAGGACGAGAGAAGUGACAGUGAAUCAGAAGAUUGA